AUGUAUAUCCAUCGACUGAGGUGUCCACGAGGCACUGAUCAAUCCCUACCAUCAGUAUUGACUCGCGAAUAUCCAGGAAGUCAAUUCGAGACAUAUUAUAGUGGGGCAUUGGCGAGUGUCGCAUUCGCUGGGACUGUAACUGGCAUGCUCAUCUUUGGGUGGAUUUCAGAUGGUAUCGUGAUGGGAAUGGCGGCUGCGCCUUUGUGUGUCAUUCUCUUUUCCGCAAUGUCCAGCAUCGUGGCAAUCCCAGGGGGCCCUGAAAUCAGUGUCGGUGAAUUCGUCGGUUGGCUUUGUUUUAUGCGUUUCCUGCUCGGCAUCGGCAUUGGAGCCGGACACACUUCCGGUAUGGCAACUCCUUUGGAACGGACGUGGCAAGAUGGCAUCGCCAAAAAUGCACAACACCGAUGGUUGGUACUUGGUACCAAAACCAUGAUCGACGCCGGUUUCGUGCUUGCCUUUUUUGUUCCACUUGUCUUGUACUGGUGUUUCUCUGGUGAACAGCAGCACCUCCGCAUGAUCUGCAGUCACUCGCUUGGUUUCGGCGCCGUCCCUCCAAUUGUUCUCAUCUGCGGGUGUAUCAUUCUCUUUCACCAGCCUGUCCCAGAACCCGACAGCAACUCAUCGGAACUCGUACAUAUCCCCGGCUGGCUCACCGUGAAGUGGUACUGGAAGAGUGUCCUUGGAUUGUCAUUGGCCUGGUUCAUUUACGAUUCCAUCUCGUACGUACAUUUUGGCAUAUAUUCUUCCAUGAUCAUGAACAAUAUCACAGGAGGCAGUUCAUCCUUGACGAUUGUGUUUGGGUGGUCCAUUGUCAUCAAUCUGUUCUAUAUCCCAGGAACUGUGCUUGGCACAUUCAUUAUUGAUUACCUUGGUCUGAAGACAACGAUGAUUGUUGGAUUGCUCUUGCAGGCCACCAUUGGCUUUGCCAUGGGCACCAUGUACAGCCCACUCACCAACCAUACUGCCACGUUUGCAGUUUUCUAUGGACUAUUCUUAACUCUUGGUGAAGUUGGUCCUGGCAGUUGCCUCCGUAUUCUUGCAGCAAAAACCGGUCCUACAGCCCAUAUCAGUGGACAAUUCUACAACAUUGCAGCUACCAUCGGCAAAGUGGGAGCUUUCAUUGGAACAUGGGUCUUUCCGCGGAUCAUCGAUGCCUUCGGCGGUUCGAAAACCGCGAAGGGCAACACCGGUCCGUUCUGGAUCGGUAGUGGCCUUGCCAUUCUCGGUGCAGUCGUGACAUUUUUCCUGGUGAAAACCCAUAUGCACGACGAAGAGAAAGCUUUCCGUCAGUACCUGGAAGAGAAAGGAUUUGACAUGAACCACAUGGACGUCAGAAUACCAGUUGGGGAAGGUGAUGUAUAA